AUGAAAAAUUUAAUCAUUUUUGCAGCCCUUAUAACAUUGUUCUAUAUUAUUGAUAAAUAAUUGAAUAUUGUAUUUAUCGAAGCUGAAACACUUGAAAGGAAUUGCCAAUAUAACUAAUAGUAAGAUAAUUAAAAUAUAGAAUAUUGUGUUUUUAUUUGGAAUUCUAAUGAAACAUUGGCUACAUUUUAUUUUUUAUAUUCAAUGCCUACAGAUAUCUAAUAAAACCUGAAGAUUUAUUAUUAGCAAUUUAAAACUUCGAGAUAAUUAAAUUAUACAAAUGCAUUUGAAGAUAAUCAAUAUUAGACAUUCCCAUUUCUUGAUUAAGAAAACAAAUAAAAAGAAGCAUAGAGUUCUUUUAAUUUAAAUCCUCUUGAUUUUACAUUAAAAUAGGGGAAUAUAAACAUGAAUGAAUACUAUCUUAUGACAAAUUAUAUAUCUGCAGUUUCUACUUAUGUGAUUUUCACAAAAGGUUUAAAUCUUGAGAUAACAGCAUAUUUUAAAAAUAAUCUAAAGUAUUUAGAAGAUGGAUUUGUAGCAUUUCUUUGCUUAAUGAUUAUGAUUCUUGCAAAUUAAUUAUAUAAAUAAGAAAAUGCUACACUCAUUCCUUUAGGAAAUUAUAUAAAAUCAAAUAAACCUCAUAUGUUAUUAAUAAUAUUUUUGAUUUCACAACCUUUAAGACCACUAUGCUAUUUUCCAGAAUUUGAAGCUAUUGAAUGGCUAAUAGGUUAAACAUGUUAUGCAUUUGGUGAGUUUUUAUUUCUUAGAUAUUUCUUAUAAAUUUUGUCUUACUUAUAAGGAUAAAAUAAUAAAACAAAUAAAGUCAGAAAUACUUUUGUUUCAAUUUUUGUAAUUGUACCCAUUAGUAUUGAUAGAUGGUGGAUUUCAUUUGAAAAUCAAAGCUUUGUAAUAAAAGAUCUAGAGAAUUAAGUUGAAAAUAUAAACAGCCUUUUGAAAAUAUGUUGGAUAUGCUAUCUUUUGUAUGCUAGUAUAUUUGUUUACGAGAUUAUGAUUAGUUUAUAAUCACAUUUAAUCAGUAUUCUUAUUAUAUAACUUAGGGUUGGAUAUAUUUUUAAUUGAUAUUCUUUUUUUUAUAAUAUAUUCUAUUUAGAAAAGUUCUUUUUACUUAUAUAUGGAAAAUUAUGACCAUCAUCUAUUUAAUCCAAUCAACAUGCUUUUGAUGACUUCUUAUAUUGCUAUUCUAAUUACUUCUAAUUUUUAAGAAUAAUUUUAAGAACUAAGUAAUGUGAAGAAUUAAAUUGAUUAAGAUGAUGAUAAUGGAGAAACUAUAGAAUCUACCAUUGCUGAAUAUUAUAUGGAAAAAUAAUCUGAUAAUUAAAUUUUGAUUUGA